UUUUCAAUUUCCUCAAAGAUAAAUGCAAACCUAAAUCUGCCAAGUGUAUGAUAGUUUUAUACACUGUAAAGAAAAUUGUCAUACCUUAAAAUUUAAGAGAGUGAAUUUAAUUGUUACAUAGCAAGACUUUCAUUAAUGGAAACCAUUUAUCAAAAAAGACAAUCGUCCCCCCUGGAAAAUCAAUAGUCAAACAUCAAAUUUUACAUAGACAUGCCUUGCAUAUUGAUUUAUAAAAAGUUUGAGAAUUUCCUCAUAAAUUAUGUUUGAGCGCUGAUAUCAUACAAUGUAAACCUUCAAUGUAAAAUGUCAUUGAGUUUAAUUUCAACCAACACAUAAAUUUCUCUGUUUAAAGUGAUUUGAAGCACUAAGUCAAUUAUUCCAUACAAUUGCCAACAUUUCGUAACAAAACAGACAUUUUAUAACCAAUUAUCAUUCAAAUGCAUACUUGAUACAUUUCAUUUAAAAAUCAUUCAGAUAUUUAACUUUAAACUGUCCACAAUGGCUCUUGUAUGACACUGCAGAUUCACACGUCAACUAAUUUUGGCAAACUAACCAUAACCAAAGUUUUCCAACUAUCUUAUUUCAUCACAAGGCUGUUAAUCUUUAAAUGUACUUUAUGCUGGGCUGCCGACAAGUUAUCUAUACAGGAUGUGACUUGACAAAGUUUGAAGAUAAUCUCAUCCCAGAAUGGGAACAUUAAAAGGAAACCUCCUGAGCCCCACCUCCCAGCACUGGUCAGCCUUAAGGACAGACGAUGACAUCCAGAAAGCCGUCUCAGAAUUCUUAGAUGAGGAAUCUCCAAAACUCCACGGGAAAUCCUUCCAGGAGGGCAUUAUAGAGAUCUCUCAUUGGUUGGGGUCUAUGAUCCAGCAGGAACGGGAGGGAUGGGCGUACAAGGUCAGAAUGGCCAUGCAGGAAAUCGAGAGUCAUCGCAGAGAAGCUCUCAAGAUACAAGGAGUCCUGAAUCAGUGUGCGGAACAGCUUCAUAUCAUCUCAGAGUGCUGCAACAUGGACAAAGACAAGUUACUCAAAAUAGCCGACAAAGAACCUAAAUACGCCCUGCCACUUUACAUUGAGUGUUUGACAGAUCUGAUUAACUACUUGGUAGAGGAUAGAAUACAAUGCGUGGAGCUUCUACGGAGAAAAGAAAAUGACAAUUCAUCCCUGUGUGAGAUGAUUAAAGAGCACAUACAAAAGGAAGUCCUGAUUACCCAACAAAGCUUCUCAAGUCUCUCCCAGCGAGUGACUGACCUAGAGGCACUGAACAACAGCCUAACUGCCGAAAACCUCAAACUAAAGAAACUACUGAUGAGGAAAAAUGAUGAGGCGGAGAGGUUUCACAAACACAGGCAGGCACAAGAGGAGUUUAGGCAUGAGAAAGUGGAACUGUUUGACAAGAAGCCUAAAUUCAGCCAUCUGCCUCCAAUAGAGAGAAGUUCUCCUUCCUCCAUGCAAACUGCUUCUUCUCCUGACUCUGUCAUUCCUAUAUCAGAGGAAAAACUCCACAAAAUCAGACAUAGUGCCAAGAAACUGGAGAAUUCUCUGCAGGAUGCUUUGACUCAGAUGGACUCUUAUCGCAAAGGCUCUCAAGGAAGCAUGAAAUAUAGUCAUGCUUCCAUGAUUUCGAACAACUUCAAACUAAAGCCUCUGCUACCGAACGGGGAAGAGGAAACCCCAGAAAACGAUAAGUUUGUUACCUGGGCACAAAGCAAAAUGGAGGUUAGUGGCAAAACCAGUGAAUCACCAAGGGAGAAAGUAGUCAAAAGCUCCCUGGAUCAAGUCAAAGAGGUCAGGAAAAGGUCAAAACAAAUCCUGUACUCCGACAGCAGAAUCCGACAGGAGGAACGGGAGAGUCGUCGUGUGGAACGGAUCUACCCCAACGAGUCCAAAAAAGCCUGCACCUUCCGCUCUCUUGUACGAUCCUUGGAUGAAAUGCGUCAGCGAAAAAUCAGUAAAGCAAAAGGUGGGAAAGUUUCUAAGUGUCUUAGAUGCCAGAAAUUAUUUACGCUAAACGACAAUCAUAAGAAAGCUUGCUGCUACCAUCCUAGAACAAAAGAACGAGUUGAGGAGUACAAUAGCAAGGGGAAACUCCAGAGGGUCACUUAUGUCUGGCAGUGUUGUCAACAGGGCAUAGACAGUCAAGGCUGCAUCUAUGGCCAGCAUAUAUAAAUAACCUAACGUAUCAUUGGUCCAAAUUUGAUUUUUGAAAAAAAAGAUGUCAUUUAUAGAUAGUUCAGACACAAAAUCAUUUUUUCAAAAUUUGUUCAACACUACCUGCUUUAUAACUCCUCCGAGUAUAUUCAUCACUCAUUUUUAUGUACUCCAUGAGUAAAUUAUAAUUAUCAGUAUUAUAUCAUCAGUAUAGAGCUUAUUGUACAUUCUGGAAAGGUGAAUUGGUAUUUUUUAAUUAAAAACAUAUUUAUCACAAACCCCCAUUGUU